UUUUUAAUUGAAUUUCUGCGCAUUUCUCAUUACAACAGCCGCACGGCUCAAGCUUUGCUUUACGUGCUGGGCCGCAGAUUGCUAGACGAGAGCGACGCACCCCCCAUGAGCUUGUACGAAAAGUACGCUCUGCUUUUUCAUCUCGGCAGACUAUAUUACGAGAGCACGCUUGAAGACGCCAGCGUAAACAAUCAAUUCGCUUCGGCUGGAAAAGUUGGCGCCAGCAGCGAGCGAAAAGGCAAGAAGAGAUCGGCGGUGGCGCUGUCGUCACCUCAAUCGGAGGGGCGUGGUCGCGCAAGCAAGAAAAUCAAAACAAACAGUGUCGGCUUUGAUGGAGAUUCGCCGGAGAAAAUUGAGAAGAAACGUCGUCGCCGCGGGUCCUCCGAUGAAAAUGAGGAGCUUGAAAAGAAGAAGAAGAAAGUGGUCGACAUCUGUCCAAACAGUCGGCCGCCUGAAAAUGCAGAGAAAAGGAAGAAGAAAAACAUCGAGGCUGCACCCGAUGCACGGUGCAAAUUACAGGAUGAGUCGGAGAAAAAGAAGAAAAAGAAAGACCAAGUGUUCGCUACUCAUCACGGCGCUGAAGAAAAGCUUGAAAAGAAAAAGAAGAAAAAGAACAACUCGGAAGACUGCGAAAAUCAGAGGCCAGACGGCACCUCGGCGGGGCGUGUGAACGUUCCAGGUUCUUCACGAGGGCCGUGCAUCGCUGUAACCUCGAGCGGCUGCAACCAAGGAAAGGGACUGCAGACGAAAUCAACUGCUAAAUUGACCAAGGAGGAACGGGCGGAACGACGUCGGAAGCGGUCUCUAGAAUUUGACGCGCAGGUUUUUUCGUUCAGCGAGGACGAGGACGAGGAACGCAACUCGGACGACGAUUUUGUUCAACCGCGAAAAAUAUCCGAGUCAUCUAUAAAGAAAACACCUGCAAAGAAGCCAGUCAGGGUGGAUGACGACGAGGACAUUUGGGAAUAUCGACCGAUUACUGUCCCGCAAGAGACUCGGAACCGCAGCGAAGAAAUCAGCUGCUCUCAAGUGUUGGACGAAUUCCUGAAAAAAGAUAUCGAUCAACUGCCUCCACUCGACCAGGAACAAAUAGAGAUGUUCAACGCUCUACAACCACCGGUGCCAAAAACUAACCCUCAGGCAAGAGAGCUUGGGCGUGGUCAAGCUGGCCACCUUGAACAAGAGAAUACCGUCUUACGUCCAGCUAAAUCAACUCAACGCAUGGGUUUCUCUACUAACGAGCCACCCCAGCUGAUUCAUGGCUGUUCAUCACAGAUGGGGGAUCAGCUGCGUGGCCAGACCGAGCGAGUGACACCACUUGAACCUGAGAUCAUUAUUUUACAUGAUCAGCCGCUCCCGCCGCUUCACAGCUCAUCGCCACCACAGAAUCGGAUCAGCGCCCUGACUCAAAUGUGUCAAAAACUGAACUCGUCAUUCAACGACAAACCUCUACACCAGGUCGCGAAAAUGCCAAAAGGUCAACAGAGUCUACGAACGUACCCAAAACCAGUUGAUGGAUCGAUCCUGUCCAGCCUGCUUCAAGAUCCAGCAAAAUCUGCACCUACUGUUCAUCAGGGACAACAACAAGCGCCACUGCAUCAACCAGGACCACCAGUACUUCAACAACAGCAAUUGCCAGCACCAGAAAUGUUACAACAACAGGGACCGCUUGCAGUGCAACAACAGCGACCACCAGAGCAACAACAACAACAACGAAGACCAUCCAAACUGAGUCUACGAAGGUACCCAAAACCAAAUGAAGGAUCGAUCCUGUCCAGCCUGCUUCAAGAGCCCGUCGACGAUCCAGCUAAACCUGCUCAUCAGGAACAACAACAACAACAACAAGCGCCACUAAGACAACCAGCGCUGCAACAAAAUGGAUCGCCUGCACUGCAACAACCAGGACCAGCUGUACUUCAACAAUUGCCACCAUCAGAAAUGUUACAACAAGGACCGCCACCAGAGCAACAACAACAGAGACCAGCCAAACCAACUUUACAGCAACAACCAGCAGAGCAACAACAGCUGGGUCCUCAACAAUCUGUCGCUCAACAAGCACCAACAUUGGAGAAAGACCAACAACCAGGAACAUCUCAGCCUUGUUCUUGUGAAUGUUGCGACCAUGUACCAAGGGAAUCUCGUAAAAAGAAGAAGAAGACACCUCCCAAGAUUUUGCUCGUCGUCAGACGUUACCCUCGCAGAAAAACCACAAUCCUCGGUAUUAGAAAAAAGAAACGCCCUGCUCGUCCAGCAGCAGCAGCACCAGCAGACACACCUGCGCCACAACCGUCGACACCAACUAAUCUUGCACCACCUCCUGCUGUCCCAGGCCCUAGUGGUUUAAGACAAAUUCAAGUUCAACAAGGAGGCGGCCAGCCGAAAACAUUUAAAAUUAUAAACAGGAAUGUAUCCGUCAAUGAAAAUGUACACACCGAUAGCAUUGAAAUGCAAGUUACCCUCGUACAACCUCGCGAAGGUGAGGACCCUUUUGAGCAUGUCGCUGAAACAAUAAGAGAAAUUGUGGAGCACUGUAAGGUGGGUGCCCACCCCGAUGAUCGAAUCAGUCUCGAGUUCACGCACACUAGCGACGGGGACAUCCCUCCGAUAACUGUGCCGGUCGUGAGAAUCUCAGAACUGACUGGUGACAAUGUAUUAAAUGAAAUUGAACGUAUCGCACAGAGUAACAAAACGUUUGAGACUGCAGGAUUGUUGAAAAUUGUUGCCAAUAGAACAAUCCUUCAAGAAGGCCGCACAACCAGACACGUAAAUUUGUUCAAUUUAAAGGGUUUAGGAUUUGAGCGCGCCAUAAUUAAACAUAAAAAAAGAAGUAAACUUUAUCAAAGACCUACUAGAGAGAAUACUUGCGGUGUUGCUUCUGCCGUGCAAGGUAUGGCUAUGAGAGAUUAUCAAAAUGAAGUUGACCCAGUUUUAAGGAAACAAAAGCAAAAGCUUUACAACGAGUUCAUAAGAGAGAGGGGAAAUAAGUUUUUAAACAAAGUAGAUCAGGUAAUCAACAAAUCUGGACUUAAGCUGGUGCACCAAGGCAUGACUCAUGAAGACUGGAAAAAAACUCAACAGGCAUUUCCUGAUUACCGUUUUGUUGUACACGAUGGGAAAAAAUUUGACAAAUAUAUAUUCAAAGGGGAUCCACCAAACCCUAAGAAUGGCACAAUCUCGAUCAUCCUUGAGCAAGGUCACUAUUUCUUCUGUCGCAGCGCUCCAUCCUAUUUCAAUUACAAAUACCUCUGUGAGGCGUGCGGCAAACGCUACACCACAAAAAAUGGGCACAGAUGCGAAAAAGUCUGUAGAAAGUGUGGAUUUGCCGAUUGCGGCGAGGAACAAGAUAUUGAUAUUCGGUGCCACAAAUGCAACGUGCGGUUCAAAAGUGUGCAAUGCUACAAUGAUCACAAUCGUGUCCCGCCUAACAGAGAUCAUUCUCACUGCAAACUUUACGAACAAUGUAAGGCCUGUGGUAAAACGUACUCAAAGACUGUGAACCACGGAGGAAAGCGACCCAAGAGACCUCCUCACACCUGCGGCGAAUUCUUUUGUGACGCGUGCAACGAAAAGGUGGAAUCGAACCAUGAGUGUUUUAUAAAACCUAUUGAAGCAAAAUCUCUAGAAGCCAAGGAAAAGCGUACAAUAAUUACAUAUUACGACUUUGAAUGCACGCAAAAUGAGGAAGUGUCUCCAAACAUCUAUAGACAUGUGCCGAAUGUUGUCUGCGCUAGAACAGUGUGUUACCAUUGUAAAGAUGUGCCGGAACUUGAUAAUUGCGAUCACUGCGGUAGCAGAAAUACCGAGAUCACCAAUCUGGAAAAUCCCGAGAUCAAUGUGGCUAAGGAAUUUCUGAACUUUGCUUUUGACAAGGCGCGAGGUUGUUACGAGGGGACGAAAGCUGAAAAAAAUCGGAUUCACAUCAUGGUUUCUCAUUACGGUCAAGGCUAUGAUUCUCAUCUGGUUCUCGGCGCCGCCAUUGCAGAGCAAACGUGGAAAAUUGAGAACGUGCUCAUGAGGGGACAGAAAAUCUUGUCAGCGACUCUCCGAAAAGAUGAUGUUACCGUAAAACUGUUAGAUUUCUAUAAUUUUGUGCCCUCAAGUUUAGGAAACAUGUGUAAAGCUUUCAACCUCGACCCUAACCUCAGUAAGGGGUCGUUUCCUCAUUAUUUUAACCGGCCUGAAAACUACAAUUAUGAUGAAGUGGCUAUGCCACCAAUUGAAAAUUGGCAUCCUGAAGCUAUGAAAGUGGGCGACAAGGAGAAAUUCGAAAAAUGGUGGGCAGAGAGUGACGCAGAGUUGAAGAGGGAGAACAAAAAAUGGAACUUUAAGGACCAAAUUAUGCAGUACUGCAGGGAUGACGUAAAAAUUCUUCACCAAGCGGCAACAGCCUUUUGCAAGGAAAUGAGAAAACUGAAGGUCGUACCGUUCCUCCAGGCUGUCACUAUUGCUUCCCUAUGUAUGUUGAUAUACAAGGUUAACUUUAUGGCUGCAAAGACAAUAGGAAUAAUUCCAAAGAACGGGUACAGACUUGCCGACAACCAAAGUGGCGCUGCGCUAGAUUAUCUUCUUUACAUUGAAAACCAGAUGGGAAUUAUCAUGAAACACGCAGCGAGAGGAAGAGAGUUCAAGGUAGAUGGCAUUCCAGUUGAUGGGUAUUACAAGGAUGCACAAGGAAGAGAGCACAUCUUUCAGUACCACGGCUGUUAUUACCAUGGCCAUGACACGUGCAUGAAUGAAUGUAGAGAAAAAAUGUCCAAGAGGAAAUUGCAAAUCAUGAAGGAUCGCCGCAGAUCAACGGAAAGCAGGACUGCACAUCUCAGAAGAAAAGGCUACAUCGUUGAAGAAAUUUGGGAAUGCGAGGCUAAGAAGUUUUUCAAGCAACACCCUGACUGUCUGAAACAGGUGCAGAAACUGCAACACUACAACACAAAGCCUAUUCAUCCAAGAGACGCUUUGUAUGGAGGAAGAACAGAGACCUUCACGCUCUUUGAGGCCGGCAUGAUGCUUUACAAGGACUUUACAUCACUUUAUCCGGCCAACAUGAAAUAUUGCAGGUUUCCAGCGGGUCAUCCGCAGGUUUUCCUGGGCGACGAUCCAGACCUGCCUGACAUCAAGGACGUUUUUGGUCUCAUCAAAUGCAGUAUACUGCCUCCAGACAAACUAUUUCAACCAGUUCUACCGUCUCACAUCAAUGGAAAAAACAUGUUUGUGCUCUGCCGGACUUGUGCUGAAGAGGAGCGCCAAUCGAGUUGUACACACACGAAGGAAAAGAGAGUUCUGACCCAAACGUGGGUCUCAACAGAAGUUCAGCUUGCUUUGGUCCUGGGUUACAAAAUCGAGAAAAUUUAUGAGGUCUGGCACUACAAAGAAAGCGCAGUAUACGAUCCUGAAAGCAAGACUGGAGGCAUUUGGACCGACUACAUGAAUCAUUUUGUCAAGUUGAAACAAGAAGCCUCUGGUUUUCCUGACGAAUGUGAGACUGAAGAGCAGAAGGACCAGUACAUCAAGGACUAUUUCGAGAAGGAAGGCAUUCUACUAGAAAAGGACAAUAUAGAGUACAACGCAACCAAGAGAACAACAAGUAAACUCUGCGCAAACUCACUCUGGGGGAAAUUUGCGCAAGCAGACAACCACCCGGAAACAAUAAUCUGCAAGGACUACAAUUCCUUGAUGAACAUUCUGCUUGAUGACUCGGUGACUGUCAAGGCCUUCAGAGAUCUCAAGGGACAUGCAGUGCUUGUCAAUUUCGUGCGCCACGCUGACUACAAGAAGCACAACAAAAACACCAACUAUGUCAUUGCUGCCUUUGUCCUGGCUAAUGCUCGCAUCAUGCUCUACAGACUAUUGAACAUUUUGGGAGAGGACUGCGUGUACUGUGACACAGACUCGGUGAUCUACAGAAUUCGCAACGGCGUCGAUCCUCUCAAGAGUGGCGAGCUGCUCGGCGAGUUGACUGAUGAACUGGCUGGCUACAGACCUCGAGGCUCUCCUCACAUGCCGUACAUAUCUGAAUUUGGUUCAAGUGGCCCAAAAUCGUAUGCAUUCAGGGUUGUUGACGGCGGAACUCAUGAAGAAAUCGUCAUCGUGAGAAAACUGAAAGGUCUGACGCUCAACUACUCCAACAGAGAAGUAACUGGAAUGGAUCACCUGAAGAAGUUGAUUGACGGAGAGGUUGGAGACACCUAUGUGACCCUUCCAGGUCAAAUAAUACGCACCAAACUGUUUGGCUUGUUCACUAAGACUGGUAUGAAGAAGAAGGUUGGCCUGGUAUUCAACAAGAGGCGCCGCGUCGGAAAGUACCAAACGCUGCCGUUUGGAACUGUUGACAGUGCUGUGGAAGUGCGUGUAGACAUACCUAAGAAUGAGUAUGAUUUCAGGCAGUGGGCGAAUGUUUAAUCAA